AUGGAAGAUAAUCAACGAGACGCUCCCAAUACCCAUUCAGAAGAGGCAGAAUCACCACCACAACCAUCCACGCGUGAGGUGGAUGAUAGUAUGAAUGAAGAAAGGCUGCAACCGGAAUCCACGACUGAGGUGGAUGAUUCACAAGGUGUGAAUGAAUCAUCAUUGGAAGGGGAGAAUGAUUCUCCCGAGAACAGAGAUGGUUUGGUGAAUGAGCUUGAAUCAUCUAACAGAGAAGGUUCAGUGAAUAAGCAUCAAACUGAGCGCCGUUCUGCUCGAACACACCAACCAUCAAACGCGCUGAUAGAGAGCCGUGAAAGUGAGGAAAUAUAUAGCCGCAAGCGCAAAGCUGAAGGGGAGCAGGAUGAUGAUCGUCCAGCUCAGCGCAUGCGGGCUCAAUUGGCAAGGCUUGCGAUAGCUACUGAGUUGCUGAUUGGUGACCGAGAAUAUGAGGUUGCGCAUAAAGCGCGUGAGAAAGCAGGCAUACGAAUACCGAAAUCGUACAGCGAAGCUAUCAACGAUCCGAUAUAUGGUGCAAAAUGGAAAGAGGCUAUUCAUAAGGAGCUGAGCACCCUGAUGAGCUUUGGAACCUGGAAAGUUAUACCCCGGAAGCAAGCUGAUGGGAAUAUAUCAACCUGCAGAUGGGUGUUUGAUGUCAAACUAGGCUUGGACGGCCGGAUCGAUAGGUUUAAGGCCAGGCUAGUUGCCAGGGGAAACGAGCAAUCGGAUGAUGAUUUUGAUGAGACCUUUGCGCCGGUAUUUCGACUUGAUAGCCUGCGGAUCUUGUGUGCAAUUGCAGCCAGAUAUGGGCUCAUUGCACAUGUGAUGGACGCAUUAAGUGCUUUCGCUGGAUCCAGACUUGACAAGCCGAACUGUAUGGAGAUUCCAGAAGGUCUUCAGGAUUUCGACCCAGACGCCAAAGAGGGCAUGGUUCUGAAACUGUUGAUGUCUCUAUAUGGACUACGUCAGUCUGCAUACCUGUGGCAUCGAAAAAUCAGUCGAUUUUUGAAGAGUAUUGGUUUUGAUCCCAUCACUGCGGAUCCCAGUAUUUUCAUCAAUAAGCGGGGACUGAUUAUUGCGCUGUAUGUGGACGAUAUAGUUAUAUUCGGCAGGGGUGAGGGCGAAAUUGACGCGGUAAAAAGGAAACUGAAGGAAUUCCAUCCAAUGACUGAUGGUGGAUUAGUCAAGAAAUUGCUUGGAAUUCGCUUCAUGUGGAGGAGAGAUGGUUCCAUUCGCCUAGACCAGGAAUCAUAUGCACGUCAGAUUCUUGAGGAGUUUGGCAUGGGCGAUUGCAAUCCUGCAUACGUACCAAUUAGCCCUAGUGUGAAGUUGAAUUCGGAGGAUACACCACAAUUGGGACGGAGCGAGCACAAGUUAUUUCGGAGAUUGAUUGGACGAUUGAUAUUCAUGGUAGUCGCUACCAGGCCCGAUAUCGCCUUUGCGGUCAAUCAAUUGUCUCAAUAUCUCGCUGAACCGCGCCGAAUCCAUCUUGGAGCCGCCAAGCAUAUACUUCGAUACGUCAAAUCAACUAUGGCUCAUGGAUUGACGUUCAGUGCGAAGGGGAGAGAAGGAUUAACUGUGUAUGCAGAUUCUGCAUAUGCUAAUUCAGCAAAGAGCCGGUCAACAACAGGUUUCAUACUGAUGAUUGAUGACGCACCAAUUACCUGGACAAGCCGGAAACAGUCAGUUACUGCGCAGAGUACGACUGAGGCCGAGUAUAUGGCAGUUUCAGAGGCUGCUAAACAAGUAAUUUGGACACGCCACUUCCUAUACGCUAUAGGAAAGGCAUCCAUUUAUGGCAGCACACCUACCACCAUAUAUGAAGAUAACCGGGGAGCUAUCAAUCUAGCUGACAAUCCGAUUGAUCACCCAAAGACCAAGCAUAUCGCAGUGCGCUACCAUGCCAUACGGGACCAUAUAGGCAAUGGUGAAGUCCGCCUUGAGCAUCUACCCACAGAUCAAAUGAUUGCUGAUGCUCUAACAAAGGCAAGCCAUCGUGAUGCUCAUAAACGAUUUAUUAAGAGAUUGAGCAUGAUUUAA